AUGAUUGUUGAAUGUACAAAUAUUUUUGUUUUUAACAGCGCAUUGACUUUAGCAUCACCUGAAAUAAGAUUCCACAUAGACAGCGAAACACACGACCCAAUUGACGUUGAAACAAAGGAACUGAGGUAAAGAUACUGUUUGUUCGUUUUAACAGUGUUGAACAUUUCUAUUUUCGCUCCCUUUCACCGCAAGGUACAGUCUUCAAUUUUGUUUCUCAACUUAAGUAAUAUCCCUUCAGGUGUUCGACUAUCUUUUGGAAAAACUUUAAGAAUUUUAAUGGACUGGGAGUGUGAUUAAUCGCCCAUUGUCUUCCACCCAGUAUCGGCCAUUUCUUAUAGGUAAAUGGGUGUGAUUUGUGAUAAUAUUACAAAGUUUACUCCAGCGUAGUGCAUCAGGAGUAUUAUGCGAAUGCUUGGCACGGCUUCUGAAUCAUCCCUCUUGUUCAUGUCAGCAAUGAACAAGUUUGAUGGUAGACUUGCUACCUGUCGACUAGCAUCGUAACGCAUUGUGACUUGUCUCGUAUUGUAAGGAGUAAACCGAGCGAAAACGGUUGAGCGAAUAAAACGAUCGGGCGUGCUUGAGCUGUCGCGAGGGAGCGAGAAUGAGUCUACUUUUUGCGCUUGCAGGAAAUUACAUUUCCUUACCGUGAAAGGUUACAUGACGGCACUAAUUCAAAACGUAAAAUAUUUAAAAUUGCUUCACUAUGUUUCCUCACAACUGCUUCGAUUACGUAUACAAUGCGGGUUAGGGUAAAACGCGAAUGCAGCCGGAUAGACGGCGGACGGAUAAGAGGAUAAAACGCGGAUGCGGACGCAUGGGAGGGACCAUCUGUCCGUCUGCAUUUUACCCCCUCAUCCGUCCGUCCGCAUUUCACUCUCUCAUCCGUCCGUCCGCAUUUUACCCUCUCGUCCGUCCGCCGUCUAUCCGUCCACAUCCGUGUUUUAUCCUAACACUACCAAUGCAUAGAUAAACACAGAAAAGAUCAUAUAAUGCAUGACCAAUUCGAUCAUAUAUCAUAAUGCAUGACGAAUUCUUAAAUCUGUCUGAGUAAUACGCACCGACUAGGAUUCGAGUCGGUAAAAUCACGGUUAAUAGAAGGAGACCGUGGUAAAAUUUGGCGCGCUGCUAAAGCAACAAGUCGAGUCAACAAAACCCGCCGUCGCUAAUAUCCGCACUUUAAGAAAUUUGAACCCUGCAGCUAAAUAAUUACCCUGGAUUCCAGAGCCUUCGACAGUAAAUAAUAAAUUGAAAUGUCGCGAAGGCUCUGGUUCAACGGGGAGAUUCUUUGAUUAAACCGCGCCAAUCACAGAACAGAAUGAGUGGUUUUAGUACAGAUUCUGUACUAAAAUCACUAAUUCUGUUUUGUGAUUGGUGCGGUUCAAUCAAAGAAUCUCCACGUUGAACCAGAGCCUUCGCGACAUUUCAAUUUAUUAUUUACUGUCGAAGCUCUGGAAUCCAGGGUACUAAAUAAUACGAGUCGACUUGAAGCAAGUUUAGUCAGAUGGAUAGUUAUUCCUGGAGUAUAUAUUAAGUGCACAAUACAUUACGAUCUACUUUAGGGAAACGAAUUCAAUGGUUGAGGAAUUUAUGUUGCUGGCUAAUAUUUCAGUGGCGAAAAAAAUUCUGAGUCAUUAUCCAGAAUAUGCUGUACUACGAAGGCAUCCCUCGCCUCCACCCUCUAAUUUUGACCCGCUUGUCAAGGCUGCUAAAUCCAAGGUAUAGUAUUGAUAAUGGAAUAUUCGUUUAUUGUCAAGCCCCGGAAACAAAAUGUAAAGAUCCAGGGAGGGCUUAACUAGCUAGGAGAAAACGGCUGGUUUCACUGCAAUGGAAAUAGUAUAUUUCUGUAGACAACUUUUGUUCUUGAAGUUCAAACCGACCGAAUUUUCCUUAUACUUAUUUCAUCAAUCGAUUGAAAAUGUAGCGGAAUAUUCUUAGAGAAUGAUUAAAACAUUGAACUUUACAAAGAAAAACGUUAACUCACUUGUACCUAUACCGGUUUCAUGAAGAAAGCAUCAUUGCCGUUAACCAACUUACUACAAACGUGUUAACAUUUAAAUUCAAUUGUUCGUCCUACUCAACUUGCAAUCAUCAUCAGGAAGAAACACAUCUUGCUAACAAUAUUUUACGUGUAAAAUGAAAGUUUACUCCUGCGAGACCUCGGGUUGUCUCUCAUUCGGCCCAUACUUCUCUCCCAUUAGUUCUGCAAUUCUUCAAAGUUGAAAAAGAAUGUGUUGAUAUGCAGACAUAGACUGGCACCUUUCCAAAACGUAUCAUACAUCACUUAGAAAUGUUGGAGCUGUGGGUAUUCAAACGAAUCCGAUAGUUAUUUCGCAGCUUUGGUGCUUGAUGGAUCCCUCACUAAGUUUGUGCUGGCCUAACCUCUGAUGGUACAGUGCUUGUCAUAAUUGCAUGUUGUCCUAUACUCUACCCUGAUGACUAAACGUUUUUGCGUUUUACUUUAGAAUGUGGACGUACAAGUAGAGACCGCGAAAUCAUUGGCCGUCUCCUUAGAACAAGCUUCAUUACCAGAAUUUCCAUACUUCAACACAUUACUCCGUAUUUUGACGACGAGAUGUAUGUUACAAGCUGUAUAUUUCUGUUCAGGAACAUUACCAGAAGAAGAGUACCUACAUUAUGGUCUGGCUACACCUAUUUAUACUCAUUUUACUUCGCCGAUCAGAAG